AUGUUCGUUCCAAGUCUGGGCGGCCUGGCCGUGUCCUGGCACUCAGAUUUCGAAGGGCCUACUCAGCGACAGCCUAUAGAUGACAACACAUCUGUACCGGCAGACGUAGCUGCCCUGGUGUUGCCCGGUGUUCAAGCAAAAGAUGCACGAGCGCGGUCCACGCACCGCCGAGCUUUCGCACAGGGCACUGGCGAGCCGUCCAACUCCCAGGUGAUUUCGGUGGAACUUCGAUUCCUUCAUUUACUUUGUAAGUAUCUAGAGCACACUGAUGCGGCAAGCCUUCGCCAAAUGCGUGCUGCAGAGGAGCCUGCGAUUCUUGAAAGCGUAGACGCGAGGAAGGUUGAGCUUUUCUUUGGAUUGCCAUGGCUCUAUGAAUCCGUGGUAGUUAUAGGCACCCACGACUUGGCGUCGGUCCUCAUGCGCCACAGAGGUCAUCGAAAGGGCGUGGUGCACUUCGGAGUCUUCUUCUGUAGUGGUACCCGUCCAGGCAUCUUGGUGGUUUACAGUGCAGCAGCUCCAGAGGAGAUCUUCCUUGCUGGCUAUCACAAUGAGAUUUGUCAGCACAAUCGCAUGCUGGACCGACACCACCCUGUGAUCUGCCCUUGCUUGGCUGGUGGCCAGCAGGGGUCAGACGAGCCUUUGCUGCAGAAGUGUGGCUUUGAGCGAAUUGUGGUUCCCGUGUUCAUCGACGACGAUUUGAAAACUUUAAUAUUUGAAGACAAAGGCAAUUCGAGGCUUGUGCGGCUGGUGCGAAUCGUGCAAAUCGACAAGCCCCAGCCGGAGCGAAUUGCAGUGUACAGACUGAGUUCCUUGAGGGAGGGCAACGGAGUUGCAGAUAUUCACAAUUCUCACGGAGACCUGGUGGCCAAACUCAGUCAUUUCCUGGACUUUCUCACUCAUGCAAAGGAGAAGUCUUUAAGUUUCGCCGAAUCUGUUCAGCAAAGCCGCUCAAGUGUUCAAAAUGUUCAAAGCUCGUUUCACGAUUUUGUGGCCAUCUUUGCUCAGCUUUGCGCCAUUCACAGCGCCAUGUCACUAUGGCGCUAUGUGAAGCUAUUGCAAAGCUUUAGCUUUGGUGCGUUUUUCCUCUUCCACAUUUGGAAGCUGCGCACCAUGAGCGCAGAUUCCAUCAGAUUCCUGGGUGGAGAUUUGAAACUGUUAUCUUUACGAAGUCAUGUUGGACGUCCAAAGUGCCAGCGGUCUCAGCAAAGGCUCUGGCACAUAGAACUGGCCAUUCUGGCUCCAGUAUGGGGAGCUCGUCGCACACUUGGCUUGUGCGCUGCUCGGAUCUCCGGCAGGGUCCGGCGGCAAGCGGUGCAGCGAGAAACUGUGAGAGUGCGACCGAGCAUCAGGUCUGGCUGCGCUUCUUGGGGCUGCACUUGUCAAAACGAUCAUUGCCCAGAGGAUCUCGAGAGCUUGCGACAGUUGUCGGCUUGGAAUCGAAGCCGUGGUCAAGAAGCACCAAAGCUCUUCAAGGCUGCAUCGCCAGAUGGAUAUCGCACUCGUGCGAAACUCGCGGUUGGCCCUACCAAAGACGGAAAGACGGUCGUUGGCCUGUUCCGCAAAGGCACUUUCGAAGUUGCCAGGUGUCAUGGCUGUCGGGCAAAUCAUCCCUUACUUGAUGCUGCAUUAGCAACUCUGGAGGAAGCCCUCAAGCUGCCAAAGGUGCAGCCUUUCGAUCACAAAGAUCCUGCUUCAACAGAGCCCUCUUUGCGGCAUGUGGAGCUCACGCUGGAGGGAUCAACUGGCCGUGUGCAACUUGUUCUCCUCUGGAACGGUCAACGUGGCUCAUUUGCUCCCGGCUUGGAUGAAUUGAUUGACAAUCUUUGGCCUGUGGAUAUGCCAUCCAGUGAUCAAUGGCAUUCAAUCUUGGUCCAUUGGCGAGCACCAGAUCCAAGCCUGGAAAGGGAGAUGCGCUCCAAACGUAAGAAUGCUUGGGAACAAAAACGUCCGAAAAGCCGUCGAGGCAAAGUCCAGGCAACGAUGAUUGAAAAGCUGGACGGUCUGCCAUUUGCCUUUGGUGCCAAGAGCUUUCGACAGGCAAAUCUCAUCGUCUAUGAAGAGAUUCUACGAGACAUGAAGGCACAGCUCAAGAUCGCCUUGGGUUCGCUGCAGGCCAAGCCGCCACUUCGGCUCCUGGAGCUCUGUGGCGGUGUGGGCGUGAUUGGUUUGAGCUUGGCACAUGCUGUGGCGGAAGCUACCAAAGUGACGCUGCUAAGCACAGAUUCAAAUCCGGAAAGUGGCGAGCUGUUCAAAGUCAAUGCUGCCGCGAUCGACCAAGAGCUUGUGCAAGCAACCUUUAGUGCCCUUUCAGCAGAUGCUGCAUUGCAACGUGGUGUUUCAGCGUUGGGUGGUCCUGCGGAGGUCUUAAUUUUGGAUCCUCCUCGUCGGGGCCUGGCAUGUCAAAGCUGGCGCAGUGGUCUACCUGCUGGUCAGGAGGAAGUGGACCGAAUUCGCCAAAGUUCUGUGCGCGUCAUAGUCUACAUGAGCUGCGGCCCUCGAAGUUUCAUGCAGGAUGCCAAUCGGCUCACUGGUCCUGGCACUACUCCAGCAUUUGAACUAUCCUGGAUGCGCUGUUACGACAUGUUUCCCUUCACUGAGCAUGUGGAGACUUUGGGCAUCUUCCUGCGACAGGAGGCUGGUGGUGAAUGCUUUGCGCCCAAGAAAGAGCUGUCCUGGAAAUCCUGGAAAGAGACCAGCUUGUGCAGUGGAAGACCUGUGCGACCAGAGCGUGGUCGCUGGCAGUGCCAAUUUCUGGUUGGUAUUGAGGCAGACCAGGAUUUCGGUGUGGUAGGUCGAUUACUUGGCCGGCGUGGUGCCAACAUGAAGCGCAUUGCAGGAGACACCAAUGCCAAGAUGCGGCUUCGAGGUCGUGGCUCAGGCUUCAAAGAAGCAGAUCUCGGUGGAAAAGAGUCUUCAGAUCCUUUGAUGCUUUGCGUGAGUGCCCCAGAUGAAGAGGCUUACAGAGACUUGCCAGUACAGUACACGAUUGCCACAGAAUGAUACUGCGAUGCUGACCUGAAAGUCUUGCUUUUCUGGUGCAGAAAAUGAAAGCAGGGUGAGUUGCAACUUUGGCUCAACUCAAUGAAUCAUUUCUCGAAUGAUAGCAAAUGAAAAUGGAUGAUGAGGAAGAGGGAAUGGGAGCGGUGUGUCCAAGUUUGCAGGCAUUUGCGUGAAUGUUAUUUGUAUGAAUUAUGAAUGUGUAUAUGUUGGCGUCGCUGAUUAUUAUGAAUAUGUUGUAUUUAUAUAUAGCAUACGGAUGUACCAUACAGUUGAAGUACAGUAGUGUGACAAGUCACGGGAUGGGCUGCAUGAUAGGAGUGGAUGGAGUCAAAGCGAAUAGCUCGCAAAAUGAUGGAAAAUGAUUCAAUAUGUUUGAAUGAUGCCUUUUGCUUACAUUUCAACAGAAGAGUAGCACCUUCUAGAUUUGUUGCUCAAGGCUUUCUGGGUUAGCUCUUAGUCUGAAGUGGUUUGAGCGGAUUGUAGCAGUUGCCUCUUGAAGGUUGUUGUGCAGUUGUUAGUCGGCCAACUUGUCCUGUCCGAACGAUGCCUCGCUGGUUACCUUCUAUAUGUAUUUGGAUGUGCUUUAGGAAUUAUUGUUGCAUGUUUAGCAGACCCGUAACAGCCACAAAGCUACUGUCUCGGUCCAUUUGUAAAUCGUUGUCAUGCCUUCAGACAUGUGUUGCAGCUUUGAAACUAUAAAGGGAGCGUUUAAGCCCCAAUUCUCCCGAAAGAGUCCAAGCCAGUAUGCCUAAGGACAAGCUACGUGUCAGGUUCGCAAUUUGAUCUUGAAGGUGCUUGUUCCAAUAUUGUCAGUGGCUAAUGCACACUGUCCUGCGAGUCCCCAGAAUCAGUUCGGGAUCACUCUUUGCCAAGCGUUUUUUUGCUGUCUUAUCAAGGGGGUCGGUAGAAUAUGGUAGAAUACUUACUCGGCAUGCGACAGUUUAUGUGUGGAGGUUGAAUUGCCACAUUCAUCAGGUCUACGAAGCAUUUGAGUUUGCUGGUGGAGAUCCACCACCCAUCCAAGUUCAUGAAGGUCCACGAGACUAGCAACAUGGAGGAAAAAAGAGCGACGAGGACACUCAGUCUUUGGCUUUGCACUGAGAUAUU